AUUAGCUUUAUGCUUUUCUUAUUUAAUAUAUUAAUUAAAAAUAAUUCAGUUUAUUCCAUAUUGAAUUUUUAUAUUGAAAUUUAAACUUUUUCCAAAGUAGAAAUGGUGUCAAUUGGUCGUGGUCGAGGAUGGGCUCAAAACGAUAAAAAUUUAUUAUCUAGACCAGGAAGAUCAUUAUAUUCUGAUGAUAUAGAUUAUGUGAAUUUUCUCAAUCUUAUCAAUACCGUUCACAAUGAAAAUGUAGCAGAAAAAUCUGAAGAUUUUGUAAAACUAAUUAAUGAGAAAGUGAAUAAGGAAAAUUUAAAAGAUAUACAUGAUAAACUUUAUCAACAUGCUUUAAACAAUCGGGACUUUGGAGCAAAAUUAUUAAUGAUAUAUAAUUAUCCUACAAUCAAAAAUGUAUGUGAUUCUGAAGAAACAAGUUUAUAUAAGCAUUUAGUAAGACGAUUUCAAAUUGAUUACGAAAGAAGGAAAGAUCUAAGGCAAGAAAAUACAGUACAAUUCCAUAAUGCUAUUUGUUUAUUUUCUAAAUAUUUAAGUUAUAUUCUGCAUUCAUCACAGUCCUUUCUUAGAUUUCAAUCUGCAUUAUUGGAUUAUAUGGAAAUGUUAUUAGAAAUACCUUCUUCAGAGGAUAUCCAAAUUUUUACAGAACUAAUUAUUGUACAUGGCAAACAUUUUUAUGACAGUCAUAAAGAAAAAUUAAAUGAUUUAAUGAUCAUUGCAAGACAAAUUUUAAUUAAAGAAAAUGUAUGCUCUACAUCUCGUCAAAAAUUAUUAUAUGCAAUAGAUUUGGAGAGUAGAAAUUUUAAUACAUUACCUGUAAAUUUACAAAAAUUUUAUAAUUCACAAUUGAAUAAAACUCUUAUUCAAGAGGAUAAUGAUAUUGUUAAUUCUGUAUUGAGAACAGAAGAUGAGCGCCAUUCUUCAACUAACGAAUUAAAUAAUCAGACAUCUCAAUCUGUGCCUACAAGUAAUCGAGGUUUAAGAGCAAUUCGAGGAUUGGGAGCAGUAGAUAAUGCAAAAUAAAAAAAUUCUAUAAAAUGAAUUUGCAGAUGAAGAUUGUAUAUAUUUCGUAAAUAAUAUUAAAUAAUCUAAUAUUUUACUCUAAAUUAAUUAUA